UCCAUAAAAAUAACACACACGCUAAAAUAUGGCUUCUUUCUUCUGUUCAACCAAGUUCCUUCUACUCCUAUUUUUUGUAUCUGCAAUUCCAAUCGCCUUUAUUAUCCAUCUAGAAACUUCUUCUCCGACGACUCACGUUUACCAUUAUCACAGUACCGGCUGGUUACGUGAGUGUUCUAAAUGGGACGAUGCUAACCGCCGGUUCAUUGUCAGUUUUUUUGAAGGCGGUUUGGGUGUGAUUCCGGUUGAGGCCGAUUAUUCUCCCGGCGACGUGCUACAGGAAAUUCCGGUAGUGAAAGACGCUGAUUUGACCGGUAAUGCGUCGCUCGGUUUUACUAUAGACCGGGAAAGGAACCGGGUUUUAGUCGCCGUCGCUGAUGUGUUGGGGAAUCGGUAUAGCGCUUUGGCUGCCUAUGAUUUGACGUCGUGGAACCGGGUUUUUCUCACCAAACUUAGCGGUCCAGAGGAUGAAAAAGCAUUUGCGGAUGAUGUGGUAGUUGAUACAGAGGGGAAUGCAUACAUAACAGAUGCCAAAGCAGACAAGAUAUGGAAGGUAGGCGCGAAUGGUGAACUUAAAUAUACAAUCAAGAACCCAAUAUUUACUCCUAAAGAGUGGUACAAUAAACUGGUUGGGCUAAACGGAAUAGUGUAUCAUCCAAACGGAUACUUACUGGUGGUUCAUACAUUCUCUGGCAAUUUGUUCAAGAUUGAAAUCGCCAAGGGUGAUGAAGUUAAACUAGUAAAGAUUGACAAUGGAUCGUUGAAAUUUGGCGAUGGCAUGGAGUUACUGUCGCCAACCAAGCUUGUUGUGGCUGGAAAUCCGACAAGACUAGUUGAGAGCUCUGAUGAUUGGGAGAGUGGCACUAUUGUGGGGAAGGCCAAAGGCGCUAUUCAUCGUUUAAGUACAGCAGCAACUGUGAAGGAAGGGACUGUUUAUCUUAAUCAUAUGAUUGGUUUGGGAUAUCCUAGGAAGAAACAUGUUCUUGUUGAGGCUGUUUUUUCUGCUUAAUUAUGGUGUGUAAGAGUCAAUUUUAUACUUGAUUACGACACUACUGAUUUAUGUUCCUCAUAAAGAACAGUCAGUCGUAUCGUAGGAUAUACAGUAUUUAUUUUGUAAUGCAUCACGCAGUUGCAGUAUUUGGAUGUGUUUUGCUCUUUUACCAUCAAGGAAUGCAAGCAGUU